GUUUAACCCCGUCAAGGUCUACGAUUGUCUAUAACCACUGAUGAGCCGUUAGAUGAUAAUGUACGAUAAUGGUUCCGAUUCCUAUCAAUGGCUAAAGCAUAUACACGGGACGACGGCGGUUCUCUAUUAUCGGGUUUGGCGGGCACCUAGCAUCAGUCAGUCUAGUAUCGUAGCUGUAGCCUGCAUAAUCAGCAGGCAAAGAGUUCCCUCCUUUCUUGUUGAUCUGGUACGAUCUGCUGAAACGUCAAAUAGCGAACCUCCAGUGGAGCUAUUUCCCCUUCUCUGUAGUCUGGUGGACCUCUAUGUCCAAACGGACCAGAGUCGGAACCAAAGACGAAGCCAUAUCAUCUCCAAGGCCAUAGAGAUUGAUCGAUCCCUGCAGUCUUGGGCGACUUGCCUCCCAUCGACUUGGAGGGAUCCCCUCGCCCCGGGGAAAUCACCACAAGCUGCUGAUGGAUGUUGGAUAGCGCGAGUGUGGGUUUACUACCGGCUCUGUCGUAUCCUUGCACAUAGGAUCAUUCAAAGCUCCCUCGCUAGUCAGCAGGAGUCAAUUAAUUCGGCUUGGGAUGAUAUAUCCUGGGCGCAAUGCGACAGACUGUCAGCUGCGGUAUCCCAAAUGUCUAGUGAAAUCUACGACUGCAUUCCUGCAAUGUUGGGAUCAACAUAUCUCCGCGACAAGCCGUCUCCCUCCGUGUCGUCGAAUGUUUUCUUUCUCAUUACUAUUUUGCAGGCGUUGAUAAAGUUGAUGGAUAAGACGAGUGUCGUUGAGAACUGGUCCUCGCGGAUGUGUAGGUUAUAUGGGGAGGACUUUGGCGUUAUGAAGGGACUGGUUAUGAUGCGUCUUUGUUAGGGCUGUCUUAAGUCACCUCAAUAUCUAUAAGAACCC